AUGGCAUCAAGUGAAGGCGAACGCACUAACGAAGGAAACGCGAACAACGUCGAUUUGGAGGAAAUGAGAGCAAGAAUUGACGCACUUCGAAACGACCCUAUUUUCAAGGAUUCCUCCGGAGAAACAAAUGGGAAUCAAUUGAACUUGAUGGGACUCAUGAUGAUGGAAAUUCUGCAAGGGAACAGGGAACGACCGAAAACUGAGCAAGAGGAAUGCUCUAACAUGUUCAAGAAGUUCUCCACUCACAAGCCGCCAACCUAUGAUGGCAAGCCAGACCCCUCGGAGUUCGAGGAAUGGCUCAACAACAUGGAGAAGUUGUUUGAUGCUACUCAAUGCCCUGAAAAGUGGAAAGUCAACUUUGUAGUCUUUUAUCUGAAAGGACAAGCUGAUUUAUGGUGGAAAACUGCAAAGGAGAUGCAUGAUCAACCGGGAUUUGGUUGGGAAAAGUUGAAAGAAGCUAUGAGAAGACAGUUUUAUCCCCCGUCCCUGCAACUGCAAAUGGAGUCUGAAUUUAUCCAUCUGAAACAAAGGAGCAUGUCUGUAUUGGAGUAUGCCGUAAAGUUUAAUGAGUUGGCUCGAUUCGCUCCUGACUUGGUAACUACUGAUCGACAGAGGAUGAACCGCUUCGAAGGAGGUCUAAACCUUGAUAUCCAAGUGAAGUUGGCAGCACACAUGAGUAGCUCAUACCAAGAGCUAUAUGAUAGAGCUAUAAAUGUCGAAAGGAAAACGAAGCUGCAAAAGGAGGUAUAUGAGAAUGGGAAGAGAAAGGGGAACUCUCAGGGAAGCUAA